UUGACCUGGGAUCAAAGGUGAAUAGGUCAUGUGUGAAAUGUUUAUGUUUGUCAGGAAGAGUCUUGUAUGAUUUGUUGGUUUUAAAACAUUUUCCAGCUUAUAAAGUUGGUAUCGUGGGAAACCUGAUGACUUUAUUUCUUCGAGUAUGCUAGCGAAUCACCCGGCAUACUGCCUAGGACCUGGAGUGUAAGUGAUCGAGCAAAAAUAGUUCGUCAAAAAAUUGCCAAGAGUCUGUCUAGGGACAAAGUCAAUGAAGUAGGGUGUGAUCGCUUCUGGAAUCCGCCUUCGAUCCGCGGCGUGAUCGUGACUGUUCCGCGGACUGGGAGUGAACAUGGCGGGUAGCAGGGUGGACUGUAAAGUGGUGCUCCUCGGGAAGGCGUACGGAGGCAAAACCUCGCUCGUAGAACGGUACCUACACGACAGAUUCAACGCGGAAAUGCCUUACCAAAAUACUAUAGGUGCGGCUUUUGGAGCAAAGAGAGUAGAAGUUGAUGGAAAAAUUGUCACACUAGGGAUUUGGGACACAGCAGGUUCGGAGAGAUACGAGGCCAUGAGUAAAAUUUACUACCGUGGUGCGAAGGCUGCUGUCGUCUGCUAUGAUCUGACGGAUGAUGGCAGUUUUGAAAGAGCCAAGUUUUGGGUGAAGGAACUCAAUGACAACGAGGAGGCUUGCAGAGUCUAUCUUUGUGGAACAAAGCUAGAUUUGGUACAAGAAAAUAGGAAAGCCAGAAGAGUAGACUACCACAUGACAACAGACUAUGCUGAUGAAAUCCAUGCAGAGGUCAUAGAAACAUCCAGUAAAACAGGCUUUAAUGUCUGUGAAUUAUUUGAGAAAGUAGCAGAGGGGUUUGCGAGGGACCCUGCCAAUAAACAAACAGUACAAAUUUGCAGCAGUGUCCCUCAAUACCCUUCUACUUCCCUUUCUAAAGAUGCAGAGAACUUCCAAGUCACGGAGCAAGGCAGGUCCAGAGGAGGCUGCUGUUCAUAAGAGAUCUCCCUGUACAACUCUUUAGUCAGGUCCUAUGUCUAUGUUUUAGCAAUGGUGGCAAGAGAUGUUGGUCUCUUUAGGUUGGUCUGUCAGUGAAGCCUUUAGUUAUGCAUCUUGAUACUGUCUUGAUUUAUAUUGCAAGAAAUGCUGUCUUCAAAAGAUCUGUGUCUAAAUAUUUUCAAUCUCUAUAUAUGCCUGAUCAUGAAACCGAUAGCUGAUUUUUAUAACAUUCAGCGUAACACUCCUGCCAUGUGAAAUACUGGAUUAUUGGUCUUUUAUGUGCCUUUGCCAUCUCUGCUACCUCUAACACAGCAAAGCUAUGUAGAUUUAUCUCAUUUACCCGGUACUUUUAAGCAAAGCCUGGCAAAUCAUUCCUAUGGGAUGGUGUCACCAAGUUAAUUGCAGUGAUCAUUCUUUUUUCCACUGUCUGCUGUUUGUAGAUUCUGUAUCUGUAUCUAUAUAGCCGGUGUAACCGCCGUUCGGCGUAACACACCAGCUUCGCAGGCAUGCGGCGCAGCAGCAGCUGGUUAUAUUACACCGAACAACCUGUCACAAUAGUAAGAUGUCAGAUUAGUAAGACUUAAGUGCUUUAAGUCCAAUUUAUGUUUGAAAUGCUUUCACAUAAAAUGGUAAAAUGGUAUUGGGGAUCAGAUAAAAAGAUGCUUGCCUAAUACAAUAGCUUAGUUAGAGAAUCAAAUUCCUUGUUGCAAAAUGAUAUGUAUAAAAGGAUGAUGUAAAGCCUUUUUUUUAACUUUUAGCUGUAUUUCAAGGAAACCUCUUGUACAGUUGAUGAUGUUUGACUCCUGUAAAGCUUUCAGGUCUAAGUAUUUCUAUUAGCUUUCCCAGUGAAACCUCACACAUAUUGUAGUACAGGUAGAUACUAUGUAAACAGGUUAGAUGUAAGGAAAGUAAUAACUUUUGUCAUUGCACACCUUCUCAAAGUUGUUCUUGUAGCUCAUUGUCAAUCUUCUACUUCAUAUAUUGUUGGAACUAGAAAUGUUGCCACCUUUCAAGAGAUGAUUGAACUUAGACUGUGAACUGCUGUAGGUAUAAACUGUCAUGUUUGUAGAUACCCUCAUGUGAAAUGUUACACCUGUCCAGCUGAAGAAAUG